AUGCGCUCUUCUCAGAAAAGAAAAAAACCACCGGAAAUCCUUCGGUACCAUCCAGUCAUUCCUCGUACCUAUGGAUCCAGGCCCGGCAAAGCACCAUAUGCAUCAAGCCGAGCUUUCCUCAAUCUCGAGGGUUCGUUCCAGACACCAAGUCCUUUGACGGAUGGACAAGUCCAACCCUCUUUCCUAGCAGAGUCCCAGGCUGAAUUAGAAGGCUCGCAACUGUCCGCUGAGGACGACAUCGGUCAUGUCAUCGCUGCAAUUGAUAUAAAGGAUUGCGGAACUGUGGGCUGUGCGUACUACUCCGCGGAGAAAGAGAGAAUGUACCUUCUCACAGAGAGCCGCUUGGGAGAACGAGAUACAAUUGAGGCUUUGAUACGGCAGAUCAAACCUACAGUGAUCCUAGUUCCUUCUCGAGUUGAUAUGCCGGCUAUUCUAGAGCAAACCCAAAACACUGCUCAAGAAACAGUCACCUCCUCUUACCUCCCAUAUCAAAUCGAUGCACGCCCCGCCCAAGAAUUCAGCACCUCAAACGCAAAAGAAAGAUUGGUGGCCCUCGACGUGUCAUCGGCUCACGAACAACGUCUUCGUUUUCUUGUGCCCGAGAGCGGUAUCUCCGGUCCGAGUCCCGAAGAGGUGAACGCCGAGGACAUGGGCUUCACACUUCACGGAGGGCGGCUGCUACAUAUAUCCAGCUCGGUUGAUAUGGAUAAUCCUAUCACACUUGGCUGCGUCGGGGCUGUCCUUAGUUACCUACAGCGACGUAGGGCUACAGGUACAAGUAUGGACCCCAUUGGACCAACGGACGAGUGUCCAUUCCAAGUUCGGUCUCUGGAAAUGUUCAACUUGGAGAAUACAAUGUGGAUUGGAAGCAACACUUUUCAAUCUCUCCAGAUCAUCCAACACGAGUCUCAUCCGAAUCUAUUCAAUCAGGGCCCAGGCACAAAAUCGUCUUCUAGCAAAGAGGGAUUGUCAGUAUAUGGUCUGUUUCAACGUUUCGCGCAUAGCCCCCAAGGGCGCUCGAGGCUGAAACAGAUCUUCAUCCGACCAAGUUUGGAUUCCAGAGUCAUCUUACAGCGGCACGAUUUCAUCGGGGUAUUUUCACGGCCAGAUAACCAGGCUUCUUUGGACAAGAUGACCAAGGCAAUGAAGCAUAUCAAGAAUCUUCGGCCUGUUAUGUCCAAUCUUCACAAGGGAAUCAGCACUGGAAGUGCAAAGAUUACGGGCUUCAAGACAACGGUGUGGGCUUGUCUGCUAGCUUUUGCAUUCUAUUCGAUCGAUAUCCAGUCAUCUCUCAAAGAAGUCUCCGGUGCUGAAAGUCUACCUUUACAGGCAAAGGCACUUGUGAUCUUCGAGACGGCGCAACUAUACAAAGUGGGUCAGAUUAUCCAGGAAGUUGUUGACAUCGACAACUCAGAGGAGCAAGGCAGAACGGUUGUGAAGCAAGGUCUUGACAGAAAUCUCGACAUGAUGAAGGAUCGAUACGAUGGUCUUAGUAGCCUCCUAAAGAACGUCGCCCUCGAGAUUGCUAUGACGAUCCCCGAAGAUCUCGAUAUCGACGUGAACGUGAUCUAUUUCCCGCAACUUGGCUUUAACAUUGCCAUUCCCCUCAAUGAUAGGGAACAGCCGAUGUAUUUUGGGACCGAAGACUGGGAAAUUGUUUUCACCACGGAGAACAGAGCCUACUUCAAGGACUUCCGCAUGAGAGAGUUAGAUGGGAAACUCGGAGACAUCUAUGGGCUCAUUUGUGAGAAGGAAAUUGAGAUUGUUUACGAUCUUGCACAGAAGGUCCUCCAGUACGAGGAAAUGCUUAUUCAAGCAUCCGAUAUUUGUGGGGAGCUGGACGGUACUCUUGCACUCACACAAGCUGCCAUGUUCUACAAUCUGAUCCGACCGCGAAUGGUAUCAGAAAAUGUCAUCAACAUCAAGGGUGGCCGCCACUUGCUGCAAGAAUUGACCGUUUCCUCUUAUGUUCCAAACGAUACCUUGAUUAUAGGUGGGGAAGUACCUUUCGAUUUAGACCAAGGUCGUUCUCGGGGAGAUCAAGCUCCAAGCAUGCUCUUGCUCACGGGUCCGAACUACUCUGGGAAAAGCGUCUACAUGAAGCAAGUUGCUUUGAUCGUUUAUCUAGCUCAAAUUGGGAGCUUUGUUCCUGCAGAGAGUGCUGAGCUUGGCAUCACGGACAAGAUCUUGACCAAAAUCAACGCGCAAGAAAGUGUCUCAAAGAUACAAAGUACUUUCAUGAGCGAUCUCCAGCAAAUCUCCCUUUGCCUCAAGCAAGUUUCAGGGCACAGCCUUGUACUCAUCGAUGAGUUUGGGAAAGGGACGAAUGAAAGUGAUGGAAUUGGACUGGCCUGUGGGGUACUUGAGUACUUGCUCAAUAUGGAGGAUGCUCCGAAGGUCAUUGCCGCCACGCACUUUCACGAAAUUUUCGAGAACAACCUUCUAGCACCACGCCCGAGACUUCAGCCGGGACACAUGGAGGUAAAAAUAUCCGAGGAAUCUCAAGAAGCGGAGGAUCAGGUCACGUAUUUGUAUAAGUAUCUCUCGCCAAUGCCUUUUCUUCGAUUGGAUACUUUAGACGAGGGGCUAAUCGUCGUGCAGCUUUCGCCCAGGCCGCAGCAAUGUGCAGCAAUCAAUGGCAUUGAUGCGGCCAUCGUCGCUCGCGCGGAUGAGAUCGCGUCGCUAGCGGCUCGAGGCGAGAAUCUGAUCGCCGCAUGUGCCAUCUUGUCCACGGAAGAAUCAAAGAGUCUUCAGCAUGCAGAUUCAAUAGCAAGGGGUUUCCUUGCAGUUAACCUCUCAGAUCGGAUGAAGCCCCGACAGGGGACGAAGACCAUACUGCAGGAUUUAUUCAAAGCAUCAGAGUGA